AUGGGCUGGCUCGAGUUCAGUCCGCUAACCCGUUUCUCCCUCGCAAAGCCUGUGUAUGGCGACCACGCGAGUGAUAAACCUGAUAACACCAUCCCAGUCCUCAACAACGACAACGGGGACAUCAAUGCCGGUUACGGUGGAAAAUUCGUCUGGCUGGUCGCCCAAUACCACGAUGAGCGAGGCACGGGGAUAUCCGACAUCCGGGUCGUCUUCUCCGACCACGCCCGCGAGGGAGCCUUGGACCUGGCCAAGGGAGCGGGCGGGCUGUAUCGCUACUUGGAGUUUCGCUACGGCGGCGAGGGCGAGCGCCAUGUCAAGCAGGUGGUGCUUGCGCGGCGGAGCGAGCCCAUGACCGCGGCCACCGCGCAGAGGCUGGGCUUUCAGGACUUUAGCGACAAUAUCGACCACGGUCGCCGGUCGUUCAUAUACCUGCUGUGGAACUAUUGA